UAGGGGCCAAAAAACAUCUCGAUCAAAGCGAGGUGAGGUAGUUCACGGCGGGGGAAGGAACGAGCGACAGCUGGACUGUCAGCAAUGGAAGCCGAGUUUCGGGAAAUCGAUGACAACAGGAUUUGGAGCGCCAUUUACCAGGAGAUUCGUCAGCAGUCGUGUGAACUGCCCUGCAAGUUGGCCAAACUACCAGAAAACAAGAGUCGCAACCGCUAUCGGGAUGUUAGCCCAUUUGACCACAGUAGAAUAUGCCUGCAACAGAGUGCCAACGACUACAUUAAUGCCAGCCUAAUAACAGUUGAAGAGGCGCAGAGGAACUAUAUCCUUACUCAGGGACCUUUACCCAACACGUGUGGCCACUUCUGGGAGAUGGUGUGGGAGCAGCAGAGCUACGGUGUGGUGAUGCUGAACAGAGUGAUUGAGAAAGGAUCUGUCAAGUGUGCGCAGUAUUGGCCGCACAGAGAAGAGAGGGAUGCCGUCUUUGAGGAUACCAACUUCAAGCUCACCUUUGUUUCCGAAGACAUCAAAUCCUAUUACACGGUCCGUCAUCUCGAGCUGGCAAAUCUUUCUACACUAGAGACACGUGAAAUUUUACAUUUUCACUACACCACCUGGCCUGACUUUGGUGUGCCAGAGUCUCCAGCUUCCUUCCUUAAUUUCUUGUUCAAAGUGCGGGAGGCGGGUUGUAUGAAUUCCAACCCGGGGCCAGUGGUGGUGCACUGCAGUGCUGGCAUCGGACGCUCUGGAACCUUUUGCCUGGUGGACACCUGCCUUUUACUGAUGUCUCUCCGCAAGGACCCGUCGUCAGUGCGUAUCCGUGACGUUCUACUGGAGAUGCGACGUCAUCGCAUGGGUUUGAUUCAGACUGCAGAUCAACUUCGCUUCUCCUACCUUGCUGUUAUUGAAGGUGCUAAAUACCUUCAGGGAGAUUUGUCACUGCAGGAAUCAUGGAGGGAGUUCUCCAAUGGGGAAGAUGAUCCCCCUGAAUUCACCCCUCCGCCUCCCCUCCCCCCUCCAAGAGACCCUCAAAAUGGCAAAGUUGAGCCAGUGUUUUUUCCCAAGAAUGAGGAGAUUGUCCGGCCAGUUGAAAUCCACAGUCUGGGGUCCUCUCAAGACUCACAGCUGCGAAGAAGAACCACGGUUGCCUCCCAGCCGCCUCCUGAUGACAGCACUCAGCUCGAUGAUCACGUGGGAGUCCAAGGUCCGAGCCAGCUGCAGCACGACACGGAGCAGCGUCGAGCGGCGGACGCCAUUCAGCAGUUUGUGGAAACCUCUGCGGAGCCUGACAAUUGGUCUCCCUUCCUCGCCAACGUGUGCCUGUGCACGGCGCUGGUGCUCAGCGCUUACGUCUGCUAUCGAGUCUUUUACCACUGAUGUCUGCUCUCCUUUCCCUCCACUAACUGUCCGGGCCAAAUGUUCUUUUAGCCUUUUCAAGGUAUCGCGUCCCCGAGUCGUACGUCAACUUAAACAAACAAAGCGUUUUAGAAAUCGCGAGAUAAGAGGCUAUAUUUAUGGGACCGUGCACAUAUUUCUUACAGCGUGGUGCUUGUGAAUAUGCAGAGUGAGUUUGAAAGCUUCUCGAUCAUCAUAAAAUGAAACGGAAACAAAUGAUGCCAACACAGGCGUCCUCUCCCACCAUUUAUACAGACAGCUGCAGUGCAGUGAAAAAGUAUUGGCAGGUUUUUGCAUGUUUUCCCCACCUGAAUGUUUAAGAUCAUCAAACAAAUGUAAAUGUCAGAUACAUUGAACCCAAGUGAACUUCAAAUGUUGUUUUUAAAUGGUGAGGGAAAAAGAUGUCAAAGAAUGACCUGGCUCUAUUUGAAAAAGUAAACCCUAAGAACUGGUUGGGCCAUCCUCAGCAGCGGCAACCACUGAAAUCAAGCGUUUUCGUUCACUGGCCAUGAGUCUUUCACAUCUCUGUGGAGCUACUUUGGCCCACAGAAUUGUUUGAAUUUGAGCAUGAACGGCCUUUUUAAGGUCACGCCGCUGCAUUUCAAUCGGAUUCAAGUGUGGCCACUCCAAAACCUUCAUUUCGGUUGACCCGCUGGUGUGUUCCGGAUCGUUAUCCUGCUGCAGAACCAAAGUGUGUUUCAGUUUGAGGUCACAAACUGACGGCUGAACAUUCUCUGACAGAGUUGUUGUGUUCAAGACCAGAAUUCAUGGUUCCAUCAAUCACAGCAAGUUGUCCAGGUCCUAAAGGAGCAAAGUAGCCUAAAACCAUCACUCUAGCGCCACCAUGUUUGACUGUUGACAUGACUGUUGAUAUUCUUUUUCUGAAAUGCCGUGCUACAUUUACGCUAGCUGUAACAAGGCACACACCUUCCAAAAAGCUCGACUUUAUUAAUCAUGAAAUCAUUCAGAUGUUUUUUUUUUUUUGCAAAAGUAAGACGUGACUUUGUUCUUUUUGCUCAGCAGUGGUUUUCUGCCACGGAUGCCAUUUUUGCCCAGGCUCUUCCAUAUUGUUGUCACGAACACAAUACUUAACUUUGAGUGAGGCAAGGGAGCCCUGCAAUUCUUUUGUAGUUGUCCUGAGUUCGCUGGAAUCCUAAAGCUUUACAAAUGGCUUUGGAACGCUUUCCAGACUGAUAUAUGUCAAUAUUCUGGAAUUUCUUUGGAUCGGGUUAUUUUGCUGCAGCUUUUUGCGAUCUUUUGUCUGACUUGAUUUUGUCAGGACAGAUUCAGUGGUUUCUUGACUGACCGGGUCUGGAGGUCAUCAGGCUCAGGUGUGAUCGCUGAAAAUUAACCCAAAAUUGUGAUUAGCCACGGGGGGUAAUUACAGGGCCAGGUAACUUUGAAUAGUUAUUUUUCCUAAAUAAAUGAAAUUACCGUUUAAAAACAGCAUUUUAAGGUCACUUGGGUUAUACUUGUCUGAUAUUUACAUUUGUUCGGUGAUAUUAAACAAAGUGGAGAAACUGCAUAAAUACAAGAAUUUGAGAAGGGGGCCAAUACUUUUUCACGGUACUGUAUUUCUCUCUCUCUCUCUCUCUCUCUAUAUAUAUAUGUAUAUUGGAACAACAAAUAAUGCAAUAUUUGAGCUACAAAAUUCAUACAUCAACUAUUGUAGAAAAUAAUUAUCUUUACAUGACUGAGUAAUAACUCCACUGACUGACCGCUCCACUUUGUGACGCUUCAAACUAGGGCUGCAGCUCGGAGUUAUUUUAAUAAUAGAUUCAUCUGUAAAAAAAAAAAAAAAAAUUCGAUUAAUCGAUGAAUCGGAUUGUUUUUUUUUUUUUAUAAAAACAUUUUUGAAAUUUCCAUCCCUUUGAAAUAAUUUCAAAUUGACAGUGUAGAAAAUGCACGAAGAAACGGAUUGGUAUUCAGUUACUGGUUUUGUCCGUAACACAUCAGAAAACGGACAAAAUGUUGAUCAUUUUCCAAAUUUAAAACUAAAGGUUUGAUUUUGAUUUAACACAAAGAUAAUCAGUCUUCGGGUAUGGAUUUGGACAAGUUUAAGUUAAAAAAAAGUCUCUAAAGGAUGAAUUGAUUCUGAAAAUUGGUCUUGAUUAAUUUGAUAAUCGAUUAGUUGUUGAUUAAUCCUAAUUGUCACACCUGUACUUCAAACGUGCCGUACGCUGCACGUGCUGUUGUACUAAAAGUAGCCUGCUGGGCAAUACAUUAGGGUCCUAUACAUCUAGCCACGCUAAUCUACAAAGGAUGAGAAGAAGCUAGAACUAGAAGACGGAAAUGAAAAUGAUGAGGUUUGACAAAGGUCAACACUUAUGGGUGGUGAGUAAAGGGUAUAUCAGCUGUUGUCUGAGGUUAACUGGGUUUGGAUGUCAUCUGCGUAGCAAUUGUAUCAUUUCAAUUACGUAGGGAUUUUCUAUUGCCUCACCUUAUGUAUGAAGGAGUGUUUAUCAGGCGACACUGGAAAAAAAAGACGACCGUAUUUUCACGACCAUAAGGCGCACUUAAAAGUCUUCAAUUUUCUCCAAAACGGACGGCGGCGCGCCUCAUGUGUGACUUUGAUGAGCGCUCCGCUCGGCCGGGCUAAGGUAUCCGCUUUGACUGUUGUCCGAGCUUUCGCGAAAAGCCGGCAUCAUUGCUGAACUGCCCCCCGGCAACGAGACUGACUCUGACAAUGUUUGUGGAUGAGGAUUGAUCCGAAAAUAACUACAUAAGUACAUUGUUAAAUACUUCAAUAAAGUACAACCCAACUCAGUUUUAAACACAUUGUUUUAGCGUGCAUGCAUGCAUGCAUGCUAGCGUGCGCCUUAUGUAUGUUCAAUACAGAAAUAGACCCCGUAACCGAGACUGCGCCCUGCGGUCGUGAAAAUACGGUGCGUGAAUAAAGUCGUUUGGGGACAAAUAUGACUUUAUUCUCUCUUCCUUUUCGUGUGGCCCUCCCUCUUUUGUACUCCUGAUCAAAACCCAGUCCACUGCGACGUCUCAGUGGCAACAUCCUCCUUUUGAGGUGACGUCGGAAGAGCCCUCGGAGGAUCUUGAAGGCAGAAACGUGCUUUAUAAAUGCAGCCCAUUCACCACAACAGGUCCCGUCACAAGUCUUGCCCUUAUUUCGCUUUUCUUCAUCUGCAUAAACCGCGCGAUCAGAAUCAAGUGACACAUUGCUCGAAAACAAGCCAGACGGGACGGAGUUGCGGCCGUAAGAUGGAGCGAGUGAAGGUGGGAGGGCAGCGCCACUGUGCCCACGAGAUGAGAGAGCUGAAUUCUGGGGUCACUGAUCUGUCCAUGUCCUCUCCCCGUUAGUGGCCCAUGACUGGCUGUUGCAGUGUGCAGGUACAGCUCAAUCAAUUCGAAUGUAGGAGAAAAGCCCUUUUGAUUUCAGAGGGCAAAUUCCUGCCUAAUUUCUACAUUCAAAAUCAUUUUCAUGGUUUCGUCAUUGUUUGUUACGCAAUAUUCAAGUUUCUCGAGAUGGUGACUUUUGGGUUUUGGUUUGCCGUAAGCUAUAAUCAUCCAAAUUAUACAUCAAUAUUUCACUCUGUGUGUAGUGCAUCUCUGAGUUUCACUUUUUGAAUUGACCAAUCGAACUAAACCAAGGUUUUGACCCUAUUUAUUGAGAUGUACCUGUACGUGCGAGUGUGUAGUUAUUGAGCCUUCUACUCACGAUUGAGUGACAUCAUCUGAAGAAAUAUGACUGUACCCUUUAUACUAGACCGUGUCAAGUGAAUUCCAAGAUUUGUUUCUAAAUGAUACAUUUGAAGAUAAUGGCUGAAAACGUGCAGACUGGUACUAAUUGAGAGGGGGAAAAAAGCUCAAUAAAUAACUAGCGGCCUUGAUUCAACCUUUGCGGAUUACCGUGACGUCUUCCAGUCUACGCAGGAAAAACCAUUUUUGCUGCAAUUGUAAUUGUAUCAGUAAGUUAAAAAAAGACUAUUUAGGCUAUUUGCAAAGAAACUAUUUACAACGAGAUAAGCAAAAAGACUUUCCUCCACUUUCUGCUCCUUAUCAACAUCCUAUUAAUAAUGUUGAAAAAUGUCAUCUUGAAGUGAAAUGUUUUCGGUCUGAAUGUGGAGUUCAACACGAUGCCGUCCAGAUCUAUUCUAGUGGAGGCCCAUCCCCAAAUGUUCUUUAUCACUCUUUAACAGAAAGCUGUGAUGUAGAACAAUAUAGAAUUGCUUGCUAGAUUGUUCUUACCAGGUUGAAUAAAUUAAAGGUCAAGAAAGUGGCCCUUGAAUCCUGGGAUUUUUCUGUAUUCGGCCCUCGGAAGAAGACGUUUUGUCCGUGUCGUAUCGGCGGUACUGGUGUUUGAUUGAGAGUUGAGCGGGGCAUGUUUUCGGCGCACUCAGCGGAGCCCGCAUAAUCCUUCCCAUUAAAUCCCCGUUUUAUAUACUUGGCCAAUUUUGUAAUCAUAAAAACAUUUCAGGGUUGUUAGCAACAUUUGUCUGUUGUGUGUCAAAUUGGUGACAUUUUCACUUUACGGGGACUUGAAAGGAAAACUAAUGUGAACCAUGGUUCUUUAUUCCUGCUGCAUAUUCCCUCAACAAUGCAAAUAUUUCUAUUGGAGGGCAAAGUAUUCGUUUUAUCGUGUAACUUUGGUCAAGUAAUUGGCUGGCGACCAGUCCAGGAUAUACCUCGCCUCUCGCUCAAAGCGAGCUGGGAUCGACUCCGGCUCACCUGUGACCCGAAUGAGGGCAAGAGCUAUAAAAAAAAAAAAAAAAUGGAUGUAUGAGUGCGGCUGUCGCAGUGGGGGCAGAGCCCACUAUUAGCCAGCAAUACAAACACAUCCUAUUCUGUCGCCAGGGAUGAAGAACAACACCAGCACAGGGAGAGAAACAAAUACACUGUAGUAGUAGUAAGACUGCAUCGCCCCGAGCUGGAAUGAUUAUGUUGACUUUUAGCACGCUGCGUUUGCGAAUCAACUGGUGUGUUCGAAAGUGACAUUAGUGAUGCUGCUAGCAUUCAACAAAAGGAGUCAGACAAAUGUAUACUUGUCCGAUGAAUGGAUAAACUCUUACUCUUUCUCUCUCUCUCUCUCUCUCUCUCUCUCUAUAUAUAUAUAUAUUCCAAAUCAGGUUUUAUUGUGCUGACUUAGUUUUGGUUGUGCUUGAUCAAGGGAUUCAACCUCAGCACCUCAAGUUCUCCAGUUUCCUAUGAUGAGCUUAAAAUGUGUAUUUUUUUAUUUACAUUUGUUUGCCUUUUCAAAUAAAGAAAUAUACUACAUAAUGUGUUUCCUUUAUGCAUCUAUGUCAUCUUUCACAAAAGAAAUACUUUUUCGUGAAAACAAUUUGAAUGAAAAGGUGCAAAGUAAUUUUACUGCCUCUUUUUACAUUUGGAUGUCCCUUGUCGCAUCUCUAAAUAAAUUGACCAUUAUCAUCUCAA